AUGUUCACCACGACGUCUCAGAAAUCUCUUCUGAGAUGUUGCAGGCAAUAUAUACCAUUGAAAUACUCAGGGAGCGCUAAAUGCAGUUCCCAAUGGCUUCGGUGCAGCUCCACGACGACCGAACCGGCACAACCGAAGGAGACAGUCAUCUUCUCCGGCAUUCAGCCCACGGGUAUCCCACAUCUCGGUAACUACCUUGGAGCCUUACGCUCCUGGGUAGAUUUACAGAAUUCCUCCUCGCCGGAUACGAAACUGAUAUAUUCGAUCGUCGAUCUACAUGCGCUCACAUUACCGAAAGCUGCGGAAGAUUUGCGACAAUGGCGGAAAGAGGCCCUAGCUGUGUUGUUGGCGAUAGGAAUAAAGCCGGAGAGGGCUACACUAUUCUACCAAUCUGAUGUGCCGGCGCAUUCAGAAUUGAUGUGGAUUCUAAGCGUAAAUGCGUCAACGGGAUAUUUAUCGAGGAUGACACAAUGGAAGAGUAAAUUGAAUCUACCCGAGAAUGCCAAAUUCGAUCUUGCUGCGCGGAAUCAACUAAAACUCGGCCUCUUUUCAUACCCAGUACUACAAGCCGCAGAUGUGCUUGUCCACCGGGCAAAUUACAUACCCGUCGGAGAAGACCAGAAGCAGCAUAUUGAAUUUGCACGCGAAGUAGCCAAUGGCUUCAACCACUUACACGGGCCUGUCCUUACAGUGCCGGAAGCAAUGAUCUCGCCUGCCAAACGAGUGAUGUCCCUGAAGAAUCCAAAGCAGAAGAUGUCCAAAUCCGACGCAGACAUUAAGUCCAGAAUUCUCGUCACCGACACACCAAUGGAGAUCCACCAUAAGAUCCGCCUGGCACUGACAGAUGCAGGCUCAUCCAUAACGUACGAUCCCGAGAAGAGGCCAGGUGUCUCUAACCUGCUUGAAAUGUUCAGCCACGCCGAGGCCCUGAUAUCUGGCCCCUCAGGUACUGGACGAAGCCCGACUGAGAUAGCAUUGGAAUACGAGAACAGCAGCUUCAAGGCCCUCAAGCAGGAUCUGUCCUCCAAGUUGAUUGAGAUGUUGAGUUCAAUUCGAGAACGGUACGUUGAAAUCAUGGAGGAAGAUGCGAAAGUGGAGUCGUCUGGCUCGUCUGAUAAAGAGAGCUAUCUGAGCAUGGUGGCUCGAAAGGGAGCAGAGGAGGCUUCUGCCAACGCGGCGAUUACGAUGAAGCAAGUCAGAACUGCAAUUGGGUUAUCAUAA